UAAAUGAAUAGUUCAAUGACGCGUGUCCCCACCAGUAUCACCACUACUCUCCUUUAUAUACUUCACCAGACUCACUCACUCAUAUAUAUAUACACUUGCAUCAUUUGGAAUGUAAACCACAAGAAAAGAAAAUACAACGAGAACAAAAUGGGUUGCGAAAGACUCGGAACCUCCAAAACAAGUUGUUCGGUGAGAACCACCACAGCUCUGGCUCCGAACAUAAACCAUGUCCCCAUGUCAGCACAACCGACAAGAAAGAAGCUUCUAAUGUCUUUAAUCGUCGUAGCCUUCACACUAAUGCUCCCCGCCUCAGUAUUCGGAUCACAACUCAAAUCCCCCCAGCACGUCCCAGGCCUAGCUCGGAAACCAAGCCAAGCAAUCUCAAAAGCUUGCGACUUGGCUCGUUUCCCAGAACUAUGCGUUGACUCACUCAUGGACUUCCCCGGCACACUCGCCUCCUCUUCCGACAACAACCUGCUCCACGUGACGGUGAACAUGACGCUCCACCACUUCAACCGCGCACUCUACUCAUCCUCCUCUUUAUCUGUCCUCGACAUGCCCCCACGUGUCCGCUCAGCCUACGAUGCAUGCAUCGAGCUGCUAGACGAUUCCGUCGACGCGCUCUCACGCGCACUAUCCUCCGUCUCCGGCGGCCAAACGAAGCCGCAAGACGUGAUGACAUGGCUGAGCUCGGCUCUGACGAACCACGACACCUGCGCGGAAGGGUUCGACGGCGUAAACGACGGCGGAGUGAAGGAUCAGAUGACGGCGUCGCUCAAGAAUCUCUCGGAGCUCGUCAGCAACUGUUUGGCGAUAUUCGCGGCGAGCAGUAGCGGCGACGAUUUCGCCGGAGUGCCGAUACAGAACAGGAGGCUUCUUGAAGUAGGAGGGGACAAGAACUCGAAGUUCCCGAGAUGGACCAAGAGAAGAGAGCGUGAGAUACUCGAAAUGCCAGUGUCUCAGAUUCAAGCUGAUAUCAUCGUCUCGAAAGACGGCAACGGCACGUGCAAGACUAUUUCGGAAGCCAUCAAGAAAGCUCCUCAGUACAGUCCUCACCGGACUAUUAUCUACGUGAAAGCCGGAAGGUACGAAGAAGACAACCUCAAAGUCGGUAGGAAAAAAAUUAAUUUGAUGUUCGUUGGAGAUGGGAAGGGUAAAACUAUCAUUUCGGGAGGGAAAAGUAUUUUUGACAACAUGACCACUUUUCACACGGCGACGUUUGCUGCCACUGGAGCUGGAUUUAUUGCAAGGGACAUCACAUUUGAAAAUUGGGCUGGUCCGGCGAAGCACCAGGCAGUCGCUCUCCGCGUUGGGGCUGACCACGCGGUGAUCUAUCGAUGCAAUAUAAUUGGUUAUCAAGACACGCUCUAUGUUCAUUCAAACCGACAAUUCUUUCGUGAGUGCGAUAUCUACGGUACAGUCGAUUUCAUCUUCGGUAAUGCAGCUGUGGUUCUACAGAACUGUAGCAUCUAUGCACGCAAACCCAUGGAUUUUCAGAAAAACACGAUCACAGCUCAGAACAGAAAAGACCCGAACCAAAACACCGGUAUGUCAAUACAUGCAUCUAGAAUUUUGGCGACACCUGAUCUCCAAGCCACCAAUGGUACUUUCCAGACGUAUCUAGGCCGGCCUUGGAAGCAAUUCUCUAGGACGGUUUACAUGUUAUCGUAUAUCGAGAAACAUGUACACACAAGAGGUUGGCUCGAGUGGAACACAAGUUCAUUUGCUUUAGAUACUUUAUAUUACGGAGAGUAUUUGAAUACUGGACCCGGGUCGGCUCUUGCACAACGUGUGAAGUGGCCAGGAUAUCGGGUCAUCAAUUCGACAGCUGAGGCUAACCGUUUUACGGUGGCGGAAUUCAUAUACGGUUCGUCGUGGUUGCCUUCAACAGGCGUUUCGUUCUUGGCCGGAUUGAACAUUUAGAUAAAGAAAAUAAUAUUGCUUUUGUUUCCGAUGUAUUGUUUCAUUCUUACGUCCUUAUAUCUAUGGACAUAUGAUUAAUCCUAUAUAUGUAUGUUUUAACUUUUUAAUUGCAUUAUAUCCGAACAUAUUACCAAUAAUAUUGUAAUUCAUGAGUCGAAAUAAUUUUACAAUAUUCUUUUCGAUAA